CACUCAUAUCGAGAUGGCAUGACGAAAGCAUGCGGAUUGAUCUCGUUUUGGCCCUAUCAGCUGCUGAGUAACGCUGCAAUGCUGUGCUUUGACUCAUAAAUUGGCCUGUUUGGUCUGCUUCACCGGAAAUCGCUCUUUCCAAGAGAAUCCAAUACAUGCUCCGGGCUUACAAACUCCUCAAUUGGUCUAUUGAUGUCGUUCACGUGUGAUCGCUUCGGGUUAUCGCAAUUCGACAGCGUGCUUGCGAUAGGCUACAUUGAUGCUCGAGGCAUCCAUCUAGGCCGCCAUGGCUUCAGGCGGUAGAAGCAUACUUGAGGAAGCUUUUUUCCAAUCUUUACUUCAACUUUCCAAAACACCCAACACUCAAUUGGUCAUGUGCCUUGUAUCUCAUUGAAUCCAAUCCCCGCACCAGCAUCGUCAAAUUCAGCUGGUUCCCUGCGCCACAGCAUCAUCACCCAAUCACUUACUGCCAGAAUACGUUUAUCAUGUCUAACGCAGCAUGGCGUGCGCACGUAUGCGGUCUUUACUACAACGUUCCAUACAAUGGAUAUUUGCAGAAAAUACACUUGCCUCAAGUUGAGCUUCAGGCGCACGCCACCAUCUUGGCAACCACGUCUCGUACGACACUCAAACAGACAUUUAUCAAUCCGUCGACAGAUAAAGGUAUCAAAGAAGUUCGUUAUACCUUCCCUCUCUACGACGGCGUGAGCGUUGUAAGCUUCGUAUGCCAUGUCGGAGACCGUACGAUCGUUGGUGAGGUUAAAGAGAAGGAUAAAGCAAGGGCUGUGUUCCAAGAGGCUGUUGCCAGGGGCGAAACGGCGGGUCUGCUCGAGCAACUUCCCGAUGCUUCUGACGUCUUCACCACGACUGUCGGCAAUAUUUCACCGGGAGCACGAGUGGUCGUUGAGAUGACCUACCUCGGUGAGCUGAAACACGACAUGGAGGUCGAUGGCAUUCGUUAUACUAUUCCGAAUGUCAUCUGCCCUCGUUACGGAAGUUAUCCAAGGACCCUGCAGAGCAGUUCCGCUACCGAUGCAGUGGGAAGUGGUGUCUCCAUCACAAUUGAUGCGGAGAUGGCUGCAGGAUCAUUCAUUCAGAAAAUUCAAUCACCCUCGCAUCCCAUCUCGAUAUCCAUGGGCACGACAUCACUAGCACCAAAUGCUGAGCCCACAAUGGCUAAAGCGUCAGCGACACUGACCCUCGGAACCGCACAGCUCGACACAGACUUCGUUCUUCAGGUUAUCGCCAAAGACACCGGCGUUCCGAAGGCGGUGCUCGAAAACCAUCCCACCAUUCCAAACCACCGGGCUUUGAUGGCAACGCUCGUACCAAAAUUCGCUCUUCCAUCCGAGAAGCCAGAGAUCGUUUUCGUCUGCGAUCAAAGCGGUAGCAUGUCAGGCAGCAGAAACACUCUUGUUAUCCAAGCACUCAAGGUCUUCCUAAAGUCACUCCCGGUCGGCGUCAAGUUUAAUAUUUGCAAAUUUGGCACUCAUUACUCUUUCCUCUGGCCGAAGAGCGUAACAUAUAGCCAGCAAGCGCUGGAUGAAGCCGUUCGCCAUGCCGACAUGUUCUCAGCCGACUUCGGAGGUACCGAGAUGCUUGAGCCGCUCAAGGCGACCAUCGCAAAUCGAUACAAAGACAUGUCGCUGGAGGUUAUGAUGCUGACAGAUGGCGAGAUCUGGGGACAGAAUGAACUGUUCACAUACCUGAAUGACUCGGUCAUUGAGAGCAAGUCCGCGAUCCGAGUGUUCACUCUCGGUAUCGGCAAUGGAGUCUCUCAUUCACUGAUCGAAGGCAUCGCAAAAGCAGGAAAUGGGUUCUCGCAAACUGUCGGGGAGGGUGAGAAGAUGGACAGCAAGGUUGUGCGUAUGCUGAAGGGAGCCUUGUCUCCGAACGUCAGCGACUACACAUUGGAGAUUAGAUAUGCAAAUGGUUCCAGGGGUGCUGAUGAUGAGGAUGGCUUCGAGAUAGUUGAGAAGGUAGCGGAUAGCUUAAAAGUCAAGCUUGAUCUGGGUGACCAGGCGAAGACAGAGACGAAAAAGCCGAUAUCAUUGUUCGACACAUCCGCGGAUCCGGACAAAGAAGACGAUCCAGCACAGGACGAGACUGGUGAGGCACGAUAUGCACAUCUGCCAGUAGUCCCCAUCCCCAAGAUCAUCCAAACGCCGCAGAAUAUCCCCCCGCUCUUCGCAUUCAACCGAACGACAGUUUAUUUGCUUCUUAGCCCCGACGCGCCACCAGACACACCGACGGCGGUCGUACUUCGCGGUACAAGCAAACACGGUCCUCUCGAGCUGGAGAUUCCCAUCCAAGUCCUCGACGCACCUGGCGAAACGAUCCACCAGCUUGCCGCUAAGAAAGCUAUCUCCGAACUCGAGCAAGGCCGCGGAUGGCUUCCUGAAGUGAAGGAUGAGACCAAUACUCUUCUCAAGACCAAGUUCGAAGGCCGAUUUGAGGAUAUGGUCGAGCGGGAAGCUGUGCGCUUGGGUGUCCAAUUUCAAGUUGGUGGGAAAUGGUGCUCGUUUGUCGCGGUGGAGAAGAACAAGAGAGCUACAGCUAAGAACGGAAAGGAAGACUGGGACUGGGUAGAAGAUGAGAGUGGGCCUUUCUCGACAAAAAGUGCGUCCAACAAUGAUAGCGCGGAUAUGGAGGAGAGGGAAGAUUCCGACGAAGACAUGGGCUAUGCUCUUUUUGACGACGACGUUGCUGUCCCAGCCACAGCCGAUAUUGCAACUUGUACAGUGGGAGGGGCCGACGAUUCAGACGAAAACCCGGGCUUUGCUCUUUUCGUCGACGAAGACGAAGACGAAGACGAAGACGAAGACCUUCCGUCCACAGAUACAGCCAAUAAUACAGUACGCACCGUCAGCAUGAGUAUAGCUCCAGCCAGCAUGCCAGAAACGGUCGGUGCACAGUCAUCACCAGCCCCUCGUGCUGCACCUUCCAGUCCUCGCGCAUUGCAAGACUAUUCGAUGCAACUCAUGUUACUCGAGCAGCAGAACAAAAAGAGACGCGUCAUGGGAGGGAUGGUCGGAAGUCCAUCGCAACCAGUGCUGUUUUCUCAGCCCCCUCCACAGCAGCAGCAGCAGCAGCAGCAGCAGCAGCAGCAGCAGCAGCAGCAGCAAUCGUUUGAUUGGGAAUCUGUCGGGGGUGGGCCGCUGGAGAAUUUCGACUUUGACCCUCUUUUGCAUACCUCGGGGGAUCAUGGAUUCGUGAAUUUUCCGUCUUUCACAUUUGGUCCACCCCAGGGCAGUGCAUCUGCUUCUCUUGCAAACAUGGCCGAGAUGAAAUCUCAACCAGUCAUCUUCUCCCAAGACCCGGGAACGCUCGUGCACCAUCUCAUCUCAUUGCAAACGUUCGAGGGUUACUGGGAAUGGAACAAGGCUUUGUUUGCUGCCCUUGGAGUGGCGGAGCCCAAUGAAGAUGAACUGGACAUGAAGAUCACGGAGGUGGAGAUGAGGAAGAAUACUUUUGCGACAGCACUAGUUAUUGUAGUAUUUGAGAAGAGGCUAAAGGAGUGGGAGGGUAGUUGGGAGUUGGUUGUUGAGAAAGCGAGGGCGUGGAUGGGGGCUAGGAAUGGAGAUGAUGCGGAGAAUUGGUAAGGCGGGGAAAUUGGUCAACUACCUAGAUGGGGGUUUCUGAAGCACGGGAUGCGUGCCCCUUGCUUCUCCAUCAAUGUCCUUGAUAAGGGAG